AUGACGGACAGGUUCCAACCCAUCCACGACUUCUUGUCUGUAAGAGGCGCGAAAUUUAGCGCAAACAUUUCCCUCGACAAGGGCUGUGAAGACGACUCACAAAACCCGACAAGCUUAGCCACGACUUGCGCACUUUCCUUGACGUGCUGCAUGUCCAAAGGGUUCGUCCACAGCUUGUUCACCAGCUGCAGUCUCCUCUUCUGCUUUCCCUCUAAUGAGAUCUCCCACUUCAUGUACAGCAUUUCUCUCUCCUCCGCUGUCAGCUUCGAGCUCACCCUCUUUGCUAGGUACUCUCUCUCCUCCUUCAGAGCCUUGAUGCUGAAUCCACAGAGAAAAAGGAACAAAUUUACGGAGCCAGGAGGGUCAUCACCCAAAAGCGCAGGACUUGCAUUCCCCACCUCAUCCAGAUUCUGCUCCAACCAUUUCAGUCUUCUAAGCUCAACCUCCAUAUAUAUCUGGUCUGAAGGGUCUCCCCUGAAUAGCAAAAGCAUUCUCUUCUCCACUAUUAGGCGUCCCCUUUGGGGCUCGAUUCUCGAUCUCGUGAGAAGACAACGAAGUCGUGGAGCAGGCAUUUUCGCGAUUGCCUCGGCUGAGCCCUGGCUUCCGAGCCUUUGGGCAGAUAUUUCUUUAUGGAGUAGCUCUAAGGCUCGGUUGGCUUCCUCGCCUAGCUGUCUUUGCCUCAUUUCCAGUUUUCUUAUCUCCGUGACUAACGUGCUGGAAGAGGCAGAUGCUUUCUUCCCGCGCUUUCGUGGUUUUGGCUUUGGGUCGCAUUUUUCGGGAAGCUGA